AUCUGUAAGCGCCGAAUCUUACAAAUUGAGGCGCUUCAAAAUGGACACGGCGUUGCUUUUUUUGUAUUUUAAGAACUAAUGAAAGGACAUGUGCAUGGACUGUUCAAAGCGCUCUGUGAUCUGGAUGUCCCCGCACACAUAUCAAGCGCACCCAUGCUACUCUUUUUGCGGUAAACAUCGGUUUUCAGUGUGACUACAGCGUCUGCAUCUGUCCUUUAGCUCAGGCGCUGUUGGAUGCGGACUUGAUCGCGAGAAGGAAACGUGCCUUACGUUGUUUUGUGUUAAAUAGAAGCAAAUAUGAACAGUCGACUACAAGAAAUCCGGGAAAAGCAGAAGCUUAGGCGGUCUCUUUUAGCACAACAGCUUGGUGCAAAAAGUGCAGACACAAUUGGAGAUGUACUGAAUAGCAAAGAUGAACAAAAGGAGAUAGAGGAGACAAGAGAAACAUGCAGGGCUUCAUUUGACAGUUCAACUGUCUCGUCAAAGAGGAAGACACUGACUGAGGGUGAUGACACAGAGGAAGAUGUGGAAGAGCACAAAGAAGAAAUGGAGAUGCAGCAACCCGACGAGACCAACCCAUAUGAGGAAGUGUACAAGGACUCUAGUACUUUUCUUAAGGGAACUCAAAGCUUAAACCCUCACAACGACUACUGUCAGCACUUUGUAGACACAGGACACAGGCCACAAAACUUUAUCAGGGAUGUAGGAUUGGCAGAUCGCUUUGAAGAGUACCCGAAACUGAGAGAGCUGAUUCGACUUAAAGAUGAGCUGAUUUCAACUACCAACACGCCUCCAAUGUACCUCCAGGCUGACCCAGAGACCUUUGAUUUGCAAGAUUUGAAAUGCAAAUUUGAUGUCAUCUUGCUGGAACCUCCAUUAGAAGAAUACUACAGGGAAUCUGGCAUCAGCCAUACUGAGCGUUUCUGGACAUGGGAUGAUAUUAUGAAGUUGGAGAUAGAAGAGAUAUCAGCUCUUCGCUCCUUUGUCUUUCUUUGGUGUGGGUCUGGGGAAGGAUUAGAUCUUGGUCGAAUGUGUUUGAGAAAAUGGGGAUUUAGACGAUGUGAAGAUAUUUGUUGGAUAAAGACAAACAAAAACAAUCCAGGCAAGACAAAGGCAUUGGACCCCAAAGCAGUGUUCCAAAGGACAAAAGAACACUGCCUUAUGGGAAUCAAAGGCACAGUUCGUCGGAGCACCGACGGGGAUUUCAUCCAUGCCAAUGUUGACAUUGACUUGAUCAUCACAGAGGAGCCUGAAAUGGGCAACGUUGAGAAACCAGUUGAGAUAUUUCAUAUCAUUGAGCAUUUCUGUUUGGGACGUAGAAGAUUACACUUGUUUGGAAGAGACUCUACUAUAAGACCAGGGUGGUUGACAGUGGGCCCCACUCUCACAAACAGUAACUUCAAUCCAGAGGCUUAUGCAUCUUACUUUGCUUUGCCCAACUCCAACCUUUCAGGUUGUACUGAGGAAAUUGAACGUCUGCGACCCAAAUCUCCUCCAGCUAAACUCAAGUCAGACCGCGGUGGAGGGGCCCCUAGAGGAGGUCGUGGUGGACCAAACACUGGAAGAGGUGGAGAUAGAGGAAGAGAAAGAAACCGUCCAAAUUUUCGUGGCGAUAGAGGAGGGUUCAGAGGCAGAGGAGGCCCACACAGGGGAUUUCCACCACGUUAGUUUCACCAGAACAUCACCACAAAAAAUGUCUUUUUUACAUAUACUAUGUAAGUCUGAUACUGGGGACAAAUUGUAAAUAUCAACCAUUUUACAAAUAAAAUGUAGUCAAAGGUGUAGAGACACUGCCAUUCCAGUUGUAACUCACUGCCAUAGCUAUUGGGCUCGUUCUGAAAGAGACUAGUAGUGUUUCUUUUUUUUAGUUCAUUUUUGCAAUAAAUACGUUUUGUAUUUCAUCGUGUACAUACAAUAAAUGCCAUUCCCAAUUUAUAUUUGUUAAGCAAUGUUUUGUAUUCAAAAGAAUGUAGAAUUAAAUUAGAUGUUCUUAUUUUCAGGCAUUCUUGUUUUUCAGGGGUUUUUAGUAGUGUCUUGAUUUAAAUCUCUGAAACUGGUUGGCCAUAUCUGUUCAUGUGUUUCCUGCAUGAAUGCAAUGUAUGUCUUGAGGUGGCUUAUCACACAAAGAAUGUCACACACCUGAAAUAUGCACACACCUACAUUUUAUGUUUGGGGCGUUCUUGUUUUUUCUGAUGCUGAUGGAAUCUUUGUCCCCCUUUAUAUUUGUGUUAUUAAUACAUAAAAACCCAGCUGUGUUUUAUGUCAUACACCAGUAACAUUUUCUUGGAUAACUGUAUUUUUCUUUUAAAAAUUUGAAAACUUGUACAGUACAAAAUGAGAUAGAUAAGAUAUUGAGGCUUGUGCUUUGGUACAGAAUGUGUUAAGUCUACAGUUGUCUUGAGUUGCACUGCUCACUACUGAGGUUAAGCCUCGACCUCAUGUACCUGACAAGAGCAUACCCCUUUACCCCAUUUUCUCUCCCUGAGACUAAUCACAAAUUGCCAUAAAGUUUAAUCCUAAAUUUAUUUGAUAUUUUUGACUAGUUGAUGGCGGAUGACAAACAUGUUCCUCCCACACCUGGCCUUUGCACAUAGGGGUAUACAACGAAGCUGUUAUGGCAUAGCCAAGAUUUGAGCUAUCUUGUAUCUUAUAUAUCUCUGAACCUCAGCUCAGAAAUAACGGGUUCACAAAUCAAGUUUGCAGCAGAAUUUGUAAAGCCAAAGUUUGAGCUUCAGUCUUCACACUCACAGGGGGUGCGUGGUGUUUGCUGCAUCAUUUUACCACUUUUAUGCACCGAAUAGGCCAUCUGCAGAACAGCUGAUUAUAAGAUAUUCAAGUAUAAAAGCAACUAUAACCACACAAACAUGUCUGUACAUUAGAUUUAAAUGAGCAAUAAUCUGCUAGAUAUGAAUCAGUACGUUCCAAAUUUGAACAGGUUUAAGUAAUUGUAGCCUAAAAUAAACUGGGAAUGGCAACACACAGAUCACUUCUUCAUGAAACCGUUUGUUAUGUAGGUCUUUGUACUUUACUUAAGUACAUUUCACAGUGGAUACUUUAUACUUUUGAGAGUAGUAUCUGUACUUUCUACUCCACUACAUUUUUAAACAGGGCUGAAAAGUAAAAAGUAUUUGUCAC